GGCGGGAGCGGGGUCCGGGUCCUGGCGGCCGGGGCGCGGCGCGGCCAUGAGCGAGGCCGGUGCCCGCGCGCUCCCGCCGGCCCGGCGCAGCGGGCAGCCCUUCGCGCACCCAGAGAGUCUCUCUUUGGACUCCAGUUUCUUUUCUUCUCCACCUGUGAAUUUCCUUCAAGAAUUGCCAAGCUAUCGGUCCAUUGCACGUAGGAGGACAACCAUUCCUUCUCGAGACAAGCAAAGUGGUACUUUGCUGAAGCCGACAGACUCUUACAGUUCCCAGCUGGAAGGAAGAAUCACUGAAAACCUCAACAGCCAAUCGAUUCGGAAGUAUGCACUGAACAUCUCUGAGAAGCGGAGGCUAAGGAACAUUCAGGAGACCCAGAUGAAGUAUUUAUCUGAGUGGGACCAGUGGAAACGGUAUAGCAGCAAGUCCUGGAAGAGGUUCAUAGGGAAGGCUCGUGAGAUGACCACCCACCUGGAGCUGUGGCGGAAGGACAUUCGCAGCAUAGAAGGGAAAUUUGGCACUGGGAUUCAGUCCUAUUUCUCCUUCUUGCGGUUUCUGGUGUUGCUGAAUUUGGUGAUAUUUCUGAUCAUCUUUAUGCUGGUUUUGCUCCCAGUCUUGCUCACCAAAUACAACAUCACCAACAGCACCUUUGUGCUCAUUCCAUCCAAAGACACGGAUGUUCAAUGCACAGUAUAUCCAAUAAGUAGCUCUGGACUCAUUUACUUUUAUAGUUAUGUCAUAGACUUGCUCUCUGGCACUGGUUUCUUGGAGGAGACCUGCCUCUUUUAUGGACAUUACACCAUUGAUGGGGUGAAAUUUCAGAACUUCACAUAUGAUCUGCCCCUGGCUUAUUUGUUAAGCACAAUUGCUUACUUGGCCCUGAGCCUUCUUUGGAUAGUGAAAAGGUCAGUGGAAGGGUUCAAAAUCAACCUGAUCCGGAGUGAGGAACACUUCCAGAGUUACUGCAACAAGAUCUUUGCUGGCUGGGACUUCUGCAUCACCAACCGCAGCAUGGCAGAUCUGAAGCACAGCAGCCUGCGGUAUGAGCUCCGAGCAGACCUGGAGGAAGAAAGAAUACGGCAAAAGAUAGCAGAAAGGACAUCAGAAGAGACGAUACGGAUUUACUCUUUGAGGCUGUUUUUGAACUGUAUCGUUCUGGCUGUUUUGGCGGCGUGCUUUUAUGCAAUCUAUAGAGCAACAAUAUUCUCACAAGAGCACAUGAAAAAAGAAAUUGACAAGAUGGUUUUUGGAGAGAACCUCUUGAUAUUGUACCUGCCUUCUAUUGUGAUCACGCUGGCCAAUUUUAUCACACCAAUGAUCUUUGCCAAGAUCAUCCACUAUGAGGAUUAUUCCCCAGGCUUUGAGAUCCGGCUGACAAUUCUUAGGUGUGUCUUUAUGCGGCUGGCUACCAUCUGUGUGCUGGUGUUCACCCUGGGCUCCAAGAUUACAUCCUGUGAUAACUACUCCUGUGAGCUCUGUGGCUACAACCAGAAACUCUACCCGUGUUGGGAGACCCAGGUUGGGCAGGAAAUGUACAAGCUGAUGAUCUUUGACCUCAUCAUCAUCUUGGCUGUGACACUUUUUGUGGAUUUUCCUAGAAAGCUCCUAGUGACCUACUGUUCCUCUUGGAAGCUGAUUCAGUGCUGGGGACAGCAGGAAUUUGCCAUUCCUGAUAACGUUCUGGGGAUCGUCUAUGGGCAAACCAUUUGCUGGAUUGGAGCCUUUUUCUCACCUCUUCUCCCUGCAAUUGCAACCUUAAAAUUCAUUAUCAUCUUUUAUGUGAAAGAGGUGAGUCUUCUUUAUACCUGCAGACCCUCCCCAAGGCAGUUCAGAGCAUCCAAUUCUAAUUUCUUCUUCCUGUUGGUGCUGUUGAUCGGACUGUGUUUGGCAAUAAUACCUCUGACAAUCAGCAUGGCACGCAGCAUCCCUUCCUCGAAAGCCUGUGGGCCAUUCACCAACUUCAACACCACCUGGGAGGUGGUUCCCAAGACGGUGAGCACCUUUCCCAGCUCACUGCAGUCCCUGGUCUAUGGCGUCACAUCGGAAGCCUUCGCAGUGCCUUUCUUCAUGAUCAUCUGCCUCAUCAUGUUUUACUUCAUCGCCCUGGCCGGAGCACACAAGCGAGUGGUGGUCCAGCUUCGAGAGCAGCUGUCCCUGGAAAGUCGUGACAAGCGUUACCUGAUCCAGAAACUCACAGAAGCCCAGAGGGAUAUGAAGAACCGACUGGAUUAUCAAUGAGGAUCCCGCCACGUGUGGCUCAUGAGCUGACCUAGUGACCUGCCAAGACUACAGGUCUGGGUUCGGAGCAGAAGUUUUAAAAUAUAUUUUUCUGGAGUUGAUGUUUUCUGAAGGUGACUCCAUAUGUGCAGCUGCGGUGGUGGUAUUUUUGGCACCCGGGCCCUAUGUAGGGCUUCAGUGACUUAGAAAAAGCAGGUUCAAACCAAGUGUUUGCAUAUAGACCAGCAGCUUAGUGACUCUCCCUCAAAACUAACUUAUUAAGCUGUUAGAACAAAGACUGAGGAAAGAGAGCCCUUUUAUAUUUCUAAAAGCUUAUUUAUGUUGUCUUUUACAGUUAACUGUAGAGGUCACCUGUUCAUGAGGCUGGUUUCUUUGGAACCAGGUUCUGGGGGUUUAGGAGAGAAGUGUUCCUUAAGAGGUAGUUACCUCUUUGAAUGAUUCUGUAGAUUUAAAAGGAGACCAGAUUCUUCCUUUUUUUCAUAAAGAGAAAUCCUUGAAUUGGGAUGUUUGGAACAGAUGGUGGAAACAUGGGAGAGGAUGGUUGUGUAAUCCUAGCUACCUGGUUGUAAUAUGAGAGAGAAAAGGCAUUCCUGUGGUGUGAAUAAGCAGGAAUACCUGGAUUAAGCUUUAGGAGGAGGGGAACAGCCGCAGAUUGAGGGCCUUGACGUCUUAGCUUCCUGGGCAUUUUGCUGCAGCCUUCUUACUCAGGGGAAGCUGCCUCUAUGGUGCUGAGUCCCUUCUGGGCCUACGUUCCAAAGACUUAGUAGAGGGCUCUGGGUCAUCAAAAUUAAGAGGCAAAAUUUCAGGUCUUCCAAAUGCCAUUUCCCUUGCUGCCCUGAGGUCUCCAUUUCUGACAGACACUUCACAUUUUGGAGCCUGGCAUAGAAGGGCAGUUCAGUAUAUCCAGGGAGCACAGAGCUCCACAGUUUAUGUGCAUGAUGUGUGUUGGAAGAGGUGGGUUGCAGCAUCAGACCAACCUGAGUGUCCUAGAACAUACAAUGCCAGUGUCUUCCAGGCACAUAUGCAUAUAUAUAGGGCUAUUGUUUUCUUGUGCCUAAAAUUUUUAGUUUUAUUUUACAAAGUAUGCACAGUAUUGCUUAAGGUUUCCGUUAUAGUAAGAAAAAAGAAAAAAAAAAAAAACAUGUGCAAUAAAUACCUCAGCAUAAACUUACCUGAAAUUGAUAGCUCUGAACCUUUUAAUAGAA